AUGGAAUCUCUCUCCAGAGCUAUGGUACACUACCUGAGACAUAACCCCAACGCUCCCUUAGAUGAUGCAGCUUAUACUUCAGUGAACCACAUCUUUGAGAUCUUCAACAUCAACAGAUGUACAUUAGACAACAUCAUCAACCUACCCACUGACAAACAGCGGCUUUUCCUCUCGCCAUGCCAUAACUUCAUACGUGCAGCAUCUGGCCACAGCAGACCUGUCCAGCUACAUCUACUGGGAUCACCAAUCACCAGCCCCUCAUCUGUUAAGUAUUGCACCCAUGGUACAACCAGAAAAUCUUUAACACUCAUUGAGAAAGAAGGUUUACAGAAGAUGAGACGUCAUUAUAUCCACUUUGCCAAGAACAAGACGUCUGUGAAGAAAGGAUCCGAUGUAAUUAUCACCUUAGAUGUACCCAAGUACCUACGAGCUGGGAUGAAACUGUACCGCCUUGAUGAUGGGAACAUUGCUGCUAGUGGAAAUAGAGACAAUGUUAUAAAACCUAUAUACUUUUUAUAA